AGAAUUCUAUAUAAAGGCUGGAACGGGAGCCUGCACUAGUCUGGGAUCCUUGAAGCCGGCUGUGGUGGAGUGUUGUGCAAGUUCUCGAGUAGCAGCGAAUAGCGGGAAUAGCCAUCACUACCAAGGGCACAAUCGUGAGUCACCAUGAGAGGUUAUUUGCUUCUGCUGCUAAUCAGCAGUGUCUUUGCUGAUGAGGAUGAUAAGAAAGAAAGUGUUGGUACUGUAGUUGGGAUUGAUCUUGGUACAACUUACUCUUGUGUUGGUGUCUACAAAAAUGGACGUGUGGAAAUUAUUGCCAAUGACCAGGGAAACAGAAUCACUCCAUCAUAUGUGGCCUUCACAACUGAUGGUGAACGUCUGAUAGGUGAUGCUGCGAAGAACCAGCUCACCUCUAACCCAGAGAACACUGUUUUUGAUGCCAAGCGGCUUAUUGGACGAACCUGGAAUGAUCCAGCAGUACAGCAAGAUGUCAAAUACCUACCUUUUAAGGUAAUUGAAAAGAAGAACAAACCUCAUGUCCAACUUGAUAUUUCUGGUGAGGUCAAGACUUUUGCUCCAGAGGAGAUAUCUGCCAUGGUAUUGACUAAGAUGAAAGAAACUGCUGAGGCUUACCUUGGCAAGAAGGUUACACAUGCUGUGGUAACAGUACCUGCUUACUUCAAUGAUGCUCAACGUCAGGCUACAAAGGAUGCUGGCACUAUUGCUGGUCUGAAUGUUAUGAGGAUCAUCAAUGAGCCAACUGCUGCUGCAAUUGCCUAUGGGCUGGACAAGCGAGAGGGUGAAAAGAACAUUCUGGUGUUUGACCUUGGUGGUGGUACUUUUGAUGUGUCACUGCUUACUAUUGACAAUGGGGUUUUUGAAGUAGUUGCUACAAAUGGUGACACUCAUCUAGGUGGUGAAGACUUCGACCAACGUGUAAUGGAACAUUUUGUCAAGUUGUACAAGAAGAAAACUGGAAAAGAUGUUCGAAAGGAUAACCGAGCCGUCCAGAAACUUCGCCGUGAAGUUGAAAAGGCCAAACGUGGUUUGUCUUCCCAACAUCAAGCUAGAAUUGAAAUUGAAUCUUUCUUUGAGGGUGAAGAUUUCUCUGAAACUUUAACACGUGCAAAAUUUGAGGAACUGAAUAUGGACCUCUUCCGAUCAACCAUGAAGCCUGUACAGAAAGUGAUGGAAGAUGCUGAUCUGAAGAAAACUGAAAUUGAUGAAAUUGUACUUGUGGGUGGCUCCACUCGCAUUCCUAAAAUUCAGCAGCUGGUAAAGGAGUUCUUCAAUGGCAAGGAACCAUCUCGUGGAAUCAACCCUGAUGAGGCUGUGGCAUAUGGUGCCGCAGUACAGGCUGGUGUCCUCUCGGGAGAGGAAGAUACUGGUGAUCUUGUUCUCCUGGAUGUUUGUCCUUUGACUCUUGGAAUUGAAACUGUUGGUGGUGUCAUGACCAAGCUAAUACCACGUAAUACUGUGGUUCCAACUAAGAAGUCUCAGAUCUUCUCAACUGCUUCUGACAACCAACCUACUGUAACAAUAAAGGUCUAUGAAGGUGAACGACCACUGACCAAAGAUAACCACCUGCUUGGUACCUUUGACUUAACUGGUAUUCCUCCAGCACCUCGUGGUGUUCCUCAAAUUGAAGUCACAUUUGAAAUAGAUGUAAAUGGCAUCCUACGUGUUACAGCUGAAGACAAAGGCACUGGAAAUAAAAACAAGAUCACUAUUACAAAUGACCAGAACCGUCUGACCCCAGAGGAAAUUGAGAGAAUGGUGAAUGAUGCAGAGAAAUUUGCUGAAGAGGAUCUAAAACUUAAAGAACGUAUUGAUGCCAGAAAUGAUCUGGAGAGCUAUGCCUAUUCUCUGAAGAACCAGAUUGGUGAUAAAGAAAAACUUGGUGGUAAGCUAUCAACAGAGGACAAAGAAACUAUUGAGAAAGCUGUGGAGGAAAAGAUUGAGUGGCUUGAAAGUCAUCAAGAUUCUGACAUUGAAGAAUUCAAAGCUAAGAAGAAGGAACUUGAAGAAAUUGUUCAGCCAAUAGUAAGUAAGCUGUAUGGAAGUGCAGGUGGACCUCCUCCAGAAGAGGAAGAAGAGACUGAAAAGGAUGAGUUGUAAUCUAAGGACUUCAAUUUUGUAAAUAUUGGACUGAGAAAGAUUUCUGAAUGAUAAGGACUUAAUUCUUGAAUGUAUGUGCACAAUUUUCACUUGAGUGGACUGAAAAUUCUCAAAGGCUCAUACUUUCUAAUGCAGUUUCAGCAUGAGUUAGCCAGAGGGAGAGCUUGAUUGGGAAAUUGAGUUGUCAAGGCUGAGUACAAUGUUCUCCAGUACCCAUUUUUCUAUUUAUUUGAAUCCUUGUUUGGUCUGUCAAAGUGUAGAAUGUUUUCUACUGUAUUGACCAAUAAAUGUUAUGUUUGAUACAAA